GCCUGAGCCAGACCCAAUGCGCUCGGAACUAGUGCCUUGCAUGUGGCUGCUGGCAGCUGUCAUUUGCUUUGAGACGUUUCUCCAUGCCGAAGCGUGCUGCAUGACGAUCCCAACCAACGCAUCGCACUCAGCGGCUAAGGCUGAAUUUGCGUGGUCCACUAAUGUUCCGAAACAUGCUGAAUGUCGAGCGUCAAACUUUGUGUUACAGAGCGCAACGUUUGAGUUGCAGGGUCGAGACUGCGCAGCGGCUGCAGGCUUGUUAUGUUCGAGGGAUGCAUUUGUUGAUGUUGACAAACACAAACAACGCGUCACACAGGCGGCUGCGUAGAUCGCAUCUGGAGGUCUGAUGUUCUGUCG